UGUGUCACCUGAGUCACGACUAAGUUAAGUUGUGGUUUAUACUUUAAUAAGAGUAAUACUGUGGUUUAGUCAGGUAAUCCCAUGCUUGAGGGUCCCCUUGUGACUACAUUGUUAGGCAGUAGUGUGAAGGGUCUUGCCAAGUACAUUACUAAGAUUAGUCUAUAGGAUUUUAUUAAAAACAAAAACUAAACAGACUGUAUGUGUUAAAAAUAAAAAGAAAGAUUAAAUGGCUUUUAAAUGAAAGAUAUGGGAUUAUGUUUUUGGGGGGAUUUUACAACCACGCAAUUUAAAAGAAAAAAAAAACUAACGACCCAGUCAUUCUGCUUUCCAGCAACUGCGGGAAAUACAUUUCCCAAAAAGCUCAGUUAACGGUGAGUCUCGCGAGAACAAAAAUGCGGGAACAUGUUUGCGGCUGCGCAAUAUCAUUCAAAAACUUGCACGGUGAGGUACGCUGUGGGAGAGAAAGACAACGAGCUAAACAUACAAUGGCGAUGGCGGCGACAACGGCAGGAACAGGCUCGGGCGGACCCGCAUCUGGCCCUGUCGGCAGCGGAACCGCAGUGGGAAGAAAGAAAGACGGCGGGCCCUCGACGAAAUUUUGGGAGAGCUCAGAAACUGUGUCCCAGCUGGAAACGGUUCGGCUCUGGAUUGGAAAGCACUACAAGAAGUAUGUCCAGAACGACUCCCCAUCCAGUAAAUCCUUGGCCGGUUUGGUGGUCCAGUUACUGCAGUUUCAGGAGGACGCAUUUGGACGCCGGGUCAACAAUCCUGCUCUUACUAAGUUGCCUGCAAAAUGUUUUAUGGAUUUUAAGGCAGGAGGGGCUCUCUGUCACGUCCUGGGAUCCGUUUACAAGUUUAAAAGCGAGCAGGGAUGGCGGCGUUUUGACCUGCAGAAUCCAUCUCGAAUGGACAGGAAUGUGGAAAUGUUCCUAAAUGUGGAGAAGAACCUCGUACAGAAUAACUGUUUGACUCGGCCCAUCGUCUUUUUGUCACCUGACAUUGAACCAAAACAAGCCAGUAAACUCAAAGAUAUCAUCAAAAGACACCAGGGCUCCAUCACUGAGGAUAAGUCCAAGGCUACUCACCACAUUUACCCUUCUCCAGCUCAACAAGAAGAAGAGGAGUGGCUACGCCCGGUCAUUAGGAAAGACAAACAAGUUCUUGUUCAUUGGGGCCUUUAUCCAGACAGCUAUGACACCUGGGUGUCAUCCAGUGAGGUGGAUGCUGAUGUGGAGGACGCACCUAAUGCUGACAAACCCUGGAAGGUUCAUGCCAAGUGGGUUUUAGACACAGAUGCCUUUAAUGAGUGGAUGAACGAGGAAGACUACGAAGUGGACGAGAACAAAAAGCCCGUCAACUCCCGGCAGAAGAUCUUCCCCAAGGAGGAAGAGUCUUCCCGUACACCUGAUCGCAAGGAGCGCAAGGCCAACUCCGCCGGCAAGAAGAGGAGGCGCUCGCCCUCACCUCCCAGCACUCCCGCAGAGUCCCGCAAGAAGGGAGGAAAGAAGGGGAAUCCGGGCUCUCACUGGAAGCGACGAGGCCACAGAGGAGAAGAGGAAGACAUGGAGGAGGACAUGACGAAGGACUUGGACGAGUCGUCAGCCGGUGCCAGCAUGGAGGAGGGCAGUAUGUCCAAGAAUGAUGACAUGGAGGAUGACUCUGUGAUGUCUGGAGGAAAGGAUGACGAGGAACAAAACAAAGGAGAAGUGAACCGGAUGAAUGAUGCUAACGAGGAUAAUGUGACUGAGCAGACACAUCACAUCAUCAUUCCCAGCUAUGGAGCUUGGUUUGAUUACAACAGCAUCCAUGAGAUUGAACGAAGAGCCCUGCCAGAGUUUUUCAAUGGGAAAAACAAAUCCAAAACCCCAGAAAUAUAUUUGGCGUACCGGAACUUCAUGAUUGACACAUAUCGGCUGAACCCUCAGGAGUACCUCACCUCCACCUCCUGCCGCAGGAACCUGACAGGAGACGUCUGUGCCAUCAUGAGGGUUCAUGCCUUCCUGGAGCAGUGGGGUUUAGUCAACUACCAGGUAGAUUCUGAAAGCCGCCCGCUCCCCAUGGGCCCCCCACCCACUCCUCACUUCACUGUCCUGGCUGACACUCCCUCUGGCCUCAUGCCGCUUAACCACAGACCUCCAACGAUUCCUCCUCAGCAGCCGAUGCCUAAUUUUGUGGAUAAAAGCAAAGAGAAACCCAUCGACCUGCAGAACUUUGGCCUCCGUUCUGACCUCUACAGCAAGAAAAACACUAAGGCUAAAGCAGGCAGCACCACCAGAGACUGGACCGAGCAGGAGACUCUUCUACUCUUGGAGGCCCUGGAGAUGUUCAAAGAUGACUGGAACAAAGUUUCUGAGCAUGUCGGCUCACGCACCCAAGACGAGUGCAUUCUCCACUUUCUGCGGCUGCCUAUCGAAGAUCCCUACCUGGAGAGCACAGAGGCGUCCCUGGGUCCGCUGGCGUAUCAGCCCAUACCCUUCAGCCAGUCUGGAAACCCUGUGAUGAGCACCGUGGCGUUCCUGGCCUCCGUGGUUGAUCCCAGAGUUGCCUCUGCUGCCGCCAAGGCAGCGUUGGAGGAGUUUUCUCGCGUUCGUGAAGAGGUUCCAGCAGAGUUGGUGGAAGCUCAUGUGAAGAAGGUGCAGGAGGCAGCGAGGAGUACAGGGAAGGUGGACCCCACCUUUGGUCUGGAGAGCAGCGGGAUCGCUGGAACUGCUCCAGAGGAGCCAGAAAAGACCGAAACUCCAGAGCCAGAAAAGAUGGAGACGGACACAGAAUCUCAACAGGCCGAUAAGGCUGAGAUGAAAGAUGAGGCAGAGAAACCGAGUGAGUCUGCAGAGAAGAGUGAAAAAACAGAAGCAACAGAGAAGGUGAAGAAAGAAGGAGUGGAGCCAUCGGAGCCUGAGGAGGAGAAAGAAGAAGAUGGAGAAGCUAAAGCGUCUCCAGCAGCGGACAAAGAUAAAGAGGAGACAACGGAGACGUCUUCAUCCGAGCAGGAGAAGGAAAAGGAAGAGAAGGAAACCACAGAGGAGGGAGAAGAGAAGAGGAAGAAGCUGGAGCAUGACAUCGGGGAGGGAAACAUCGCUACAGCUGCUGCUGCUGCACUGGCAUCUGCUGCCACCAAGGCCAAGCAUCUGGCAGCAGUCGAGGAAAGAAAGAUCAAGUCUCUGGUGGCUCUGCUGGUGGAGACCCAGAUGAAGAAGCUGGAGAUCAAGCUGAGGCACUUUGAGGAGCUGGAGACCAUCAUGGACCGCGAGAAAGAAGCUUUGGAGCUUCAGCGGCAGCAGCUCCUCACAGAGCGACAGGCGUUCCACAUGGAGCAGCUCAAGUACGCAGAGAUGAAGGCACGGCAGCAGAUGGAGCAGCAAGCUGCCGCUGCAGCUGCCGCCGCCGCUCAGGCUCAAGGGCAGGGACAGGCCCCUGGCCCCGGACAUCACCACGGACCCCAGGGUCCCGGACCCCAUUCUGGGCCCCCUCCACCAGGCAUGCACCCCGGAGGACCCCCACCUCACCACGGAGGGCCUCCUCCCCAUCAUGGAGCACCUCCACCCCAUCACGGAGGACCUCCUGCUGGUGCAGCAAUGCAUCCUGGGUACCCACCCAUGGCCCACCACCCCAUGGCCCCCCACCACCCUGGACAGACAGGACCGAUGGGACCGGGUCAGCCGAUGCCCGGACGCAUGAUGUCCGGCCCACCCUCUGCCGGCCCCCCUCCCGGUGGAAUGCCUCCCAUGAUGCCUCCCCGUCACCCAGGAGCCCCCAACGGCAUGUACCCUGGCCCCCCACCUGCGCAGCCUGAGGCCUUGCCUCCAGCCCCCGUGGGACCCCCGGCCCCUCAGAGUGGACGAGUGGCCGACAACUGAGGGCCCCCCACAAAAGCACACACGCUUAAAACUAAACUGUUUCUGAAUAUCAGCCUGUGUUUGAUGACUUUUGCUACUGACACAAUAUUUUUCCCUCCUCAUUCAAAACCACAUCUUCAAAGGACACACAGACACACACUCGGUCGGGGUGAAGCGACUAACUUUCCAGUCACACGUGCAGAUUUCCUGUCGGGGCUCAGCUGCAGGGUUAGUCUGGUCAUGGACAGUUAAUGGACCCUGUGUACAGAAACCUAACAAGGAAGGUGAUACAUCUCCUACCUUCAUGUUUGUUUCAGCACUAGGGGGAGCUAGUGAGGCCAGUCGGAGUGUGCUGAGCAUCCUGACCUUUAACACACAAAAUUGAUCAGAUUUAACAGAAAGACAGACACAGGGAACCCAGCCUGCCCCGCUUUUAUCCAGUAUCUACCUCUCGCUCCUCUUUAACUGAUACACUGAACUUCUGUGUGUGUCUGUGAAGUGUGAUGGAUCUGUUGCUCAUAUUUUCAUUUAAAAUCUGAUAUAACGUGAACGAGGCUCAUAAGAGGCAAAAGACAGAAACAAAGCUUUGAGUUUAUUGAAAAAAGAUGGGAUGUAUUUAACAAAAAGCACUCUUUAUUUGACUCAACCGUAUAAAACGUAAAUAAUCGUAUUGAAACUGUUCAUGAAAAAGGCUUUCUGAGAGGACCAUAUUUUGUUUUAAAACAAUUUAUUCUUUUCAAAUGAAAUAUGAUUAAUUUUAACUGAAUUUCACUUUUAUAGGAUAAUUUUUUGACUCUGCUGCUUCAGUUUCAGAGGCUGAGAUCAAAGUUUGUUCGCACAAAAGCAUUAGGGCUCUCUGAUCAGAUCUGAAAAUCAUUAAUAUUUGCAGUUCUGAAGAAAAAUGAGUUCCUUUCCUAAACUAGAACAUGAAACUUAAAGAUGAACUCGGUGAAGACACUAUUACAGUAGAAGUCUGGCGCUCCCCUGCACGAACAGGCACACACAGAAAAAUGUAAGCUACAACGAGGUGAACACUGGAGGCUGCAUGCACACAGACCUGGCUACACCCUGCCACAACGCACUGAACCUCGCACACACAAUCCUGCUGAACGUUACACGGCCUUCACGCAGAGGGAGACGCUGCGAUGCGGCUCGGCUGCAGCAUCAGAGUGGCGACGCUCUUCCUCAGCUCGGUGGGCUUCUAGAUGUUUAAGGUGCUGUUACUGUAGCGGUUAAACCUUUUCCCUCUGCUCACUUCUCUUAUGCCUACUGCCGCCUACCUCCUCACACUUUGAGCUCUUCAGCCACUAGACACUGUCAAUCUCAGCAAUAUGUGUUUGUAGACGGAACAAAAAACAUCCUGAGCUUCACAGCCGCUUUUUACGUCAUCUCCUGUGAGGUUCAAAUGCCAGAAAAUGAGAUGCAAACACUCAAUGUUGCUUAGUAAAUGGCCAAAAACUUGUUUAUUAUUUCUCACAUUUACUUCAAUUUGCAUUUGUAAUGAUUCCUUUUUUUUUUUUUAAAGUGACUGUCCUUUUACUUCUUCUUUUCCUUUCGGCUUCACUGUCGUCUGAAAACAAUUAUUCCUGAUCAUCCCUUUGGAGCUGCCGUUUUGUUUGUGGAGAUAUUUUCUUGUGCGUCAGAAGAGCAGCUCUCUUACAGCCAUUAAAUAUUUGAAGAAAAAUAUAUAUUUACUGUUUUGUCGAAUAAUUCACGCUUUAAACAUCUUAGACACUAUUUCUAACAUGCAAGUUGACUUAAAAACUUGUUGACUUCAGUUGCAAAUUGAUCUAGUAAGUUAUUUUAGAUUUGUAAACUUUUCCUCCCUCUUUGCUCUAGCACUGUUAGUACCUGCUACCUCCUCCUCCAUCAUUUGCUAGCUACCUCUUAGAAAUCUUCCUCGCUCUCUGAUACCUCUGUGCGCCCUUUUGCUACCUCUCGUUGGUUCGUUUUCCUUUUCCUUCGUUCUGCCCACGAUUGCUGCAUCGCUCACUGCUGCCCUCUUCUGCCAGCCUGCAGGAAGAACAAAACACACACUUCACUCGCGCUCUCAUCCACCGUGCUCUCCUUCCUUAAGUAAAAUCAGGCUUGUCAUGUAUUUUUCAUUUCAAUAUGAUGGGUUCCCCUUGCAUUUAUUAUCUCUAAGGGAUGCAUUUUUGUGUUGAUGGUAAUGUAUUUUUAAGGAGAAGUUUUGUGUAGAUGGAAGUUUUCUCUGUUCUUUGUAGCAUUUGUUUUGUUUUUAUUUUAUAUGGGGGUCAUGAUACUCGGACCUACACACUGUUGAAUAAACUGUUUUCUAUGA